AUGGAAUCAGAUGUUUCUGAUGUUUCCUUAACAAAAUCAGAUGGGUCGAUGGACCUAUCUGAUGUAUCUGAAUUAGACAGUUACGAAUCGGAAUUGGAAGAAUUGAACGAAUUUGAAAGGGAAAAAAUUUUGGCUGAAAGGCAUGCUAAAAACAUUCGUUUGAAGCGAUUGAAACAACUUUUCCAAUCUAAAUCAAAAAAUGAUAAAAUUAAAGCUCAUUCUGAAAGUGUAAAAAAAUCUGUGAUUCAACAGGAGAAGAAGUCCCAUGAGUUAUUUGGUGAUGAUAUCUUACAUCAGCUUCCAUCGAUUGAUGAAAAUGAGCUUAACAUUAGAAAAUCUCAGGCUGAUACUUUAUUAACGGGUAAAAUAUUUCAAGCAGCAAGACUUAGUAGGAAGAGACUAUUACAUAUGCUUGAACACCCAAGGAGGAUGGAUUACUUAUUAGGGGCUAUACUAAAGGUAUUUGUCUCCGCCAGUAGACAAAUAAUAACUACUAAUAACACUUUCAGUGCCGAACCAAUCGCAUCAGCAUCACCAGAAUCAGUGAAUAAACAUGUAAUGUGCCAAAUUGUGACAUUGAAUGCUUGUGACCAAUAUAAGGUAUGUGAAAUUAUUGGUUGCCAGCAUGACGCUAAUGUUACAGGAAUUGACAACUUUAUUGGUUCAUCAAAAUAUGUUAUACAUUGUGUUAUUAUGGAUGAUCCCUAUACAAAUAAAUUAUCAGCAUCAUCAACGCCAAUAAUGGUGACGCUAAAUGACAUUUGUGACACUCCUUUUAAUGAUAUUGAAAUUGGUAAACUUAAGGAUUUUGUCAUCAAAACUUCCAGCGUUGAAACAUGGUAUAACAAAGUUAAACAUAUAAUUAAACGGUUGAAAGAAUUUACAUUCACUGACGAUGAUGUACAAACUAUAUUAAAAAAUAAGACUAGUGAAACAUCACCAUCUGAAGGUUAUAACAAACGGGAAUUAAUUAGGGAAAUACAAGCUUGUUCCAAUGAAUUAGAUAUUUUAUCAGUUUCACUAAGAAAAAUAGGCACGUUACCGAAAAGAGAACAGGAUCAUUUACGAAAUAAAUUUGAUGCAACCACUAAGAGAAAGAAAGAAUUGCAAUCAUUACUCUCUGACCGUAGGAAAACUGUUGAGUCUCAAAUGAAUGAUAAAAUAUCGAUUGACCCCAGUCCGUUUAAGUCAAACAAAGUAUAUACAUUUGGCAUUGGAGGAAGUAUUGCAAAUAGGAAAAGCGGAAUGACCACACCUAUGAUUUUAUCCGCAGCAAUUUCAUCAAUCAACAAUAAUUCACAUACACUUGACACAGAAAAAUCAUCUAAUUUUUCAGCAGAUAAUUGCAAGACGACGCUAAAUUAUAACAUUAAUGAUUCGAAAGAAUUGAUUAAUUCAUUCAUUUACACAUUGAAUAAUUUGAGUGUUAAUGAGAAUAUUGAGGAUAGCAAUUUUAUUUUACCAAAUGGGUAUAUAAAAUUUGAUGAAUACAAGAAAACACUUUGUUAA